AUGUUUGAUCAAGCUUUUACUAUACAUGGACUAAGAUUUGGAUGCAAUCUUUCUUGUGUGUAUGGUCUUUUACCAAAUCGAAAAAAAUCAACAUACCAACAACUUUUUAAAGAAUUAAAAAGUAUUGCGGCAUUGGAAAACAAAUUAUUUCUGCCUGAAAGAGUUGUUAGUGAUUCUGAAAUCGGUUUGAUAUCAGCUUUAGCCGCUGAAUGUAUUAAUCGACGUAUUCAAAGUUUAGACUUAAGCACAACUUAUGCUGAAGACGAUGAAAUCAGAUCAUGCUGUCGUAAAUUAAUGGCACUUUGUCUUUUGCCACUUCAAGAAGUUGAAAGUCAAUUUUAUAAUUUAUGA